CCUCUUCCUCCCAUGUCGACUCACUAGGCGGAGGCGUCAGUAGAGACGGGCAGCAACCAGAAGCGAACCGACCUGUAUCAGGAUUCACCAGAGUUCAAGCGAAACCCGUGAAAACACACACACACACACACACACACACACACACAUAUACACUUGGUCGGAGAGCAGAAGCCCAGACGGAUUUGUGUGUUCUUUAAGUAGAAAAUCCCGAGCUCAGGUUCACAGCGCUGAGGCGCUAAAGGUCACUGAAAACCGCGAUAAUCAACAAUACCAGAGGAGCCGUGUGGAGAGAAAAGACUGCAUCCGGCCUGCGAGAAAGAAAGUAGCCGAGGGCUGGUAGUCUUCUCUAAGCGGCUCGUUUCAUUUCUGAAUGUGGUUUUGGUAUUGAGAACAUACAAGUGGUCAACAAGCAAAAUGGUCCAAAUUGCCUCCACUGCCUCAGAGGCCCAUGGAGAAGAUGAAGCGAUUUAAGAGGCGUUUGUCGCUCACACUGCGAGGAAGCCAGACCAUUGAUGAGUCUCUGUCGGAACUCGCUGAGCAGAUGACCAUAGAGGAGAACAGCAGUAAGGACAGUGAGCCCAUAGUGAGGAAUGGACGGCCACCCUCAUCUCAUAGUAUGCACUCGUUCUUGCACCAGUACACAGGCUCAUUUAAGAAGCCUCCACUACGCCGGCCUCACAGCGUCAUUGGGGGCAGCCUGGGCUCCUUCAUGGUCAUGCCACGCAAUGGAAGCAGACUUGACAUAGUGCAUGAAAACUUAAAGAUGGGUUCUGAUGGUGAGAGUGAUCAGGCGUCAGGAACAUCUUCAGAUGAGGUUCAGUCACCCACUGGAGUGUGUCUCCGCACAAGGACACAUCGUCGUAUAUCCAUGGAGGAUGUGAAUAAACGCCUGUCUCUGCCUGCUGAUAUUCGGAUUCCUGAUGGUUAUCUGGAGAAACUGCAGCUGAGCAGCCCCCCCUUUGACCAGCCACUCAGCCGUCGAUCACGCAGGGCCUCAUUGUCAGAAAUUGGCUUUGGCAAACUGGAGACCUACAUCAAACUGGACAAGCUUGGAGAGGGAACAUACGCCACCGUUUUCAAAGGCCGGAGCAAACUAACGGACAAUUUGGUAGCUUUGAAAGAGAUCCGGUUAGAGCACGAGGAAGGAGCACCUUGCACGGCUAUUAGAGAGGUAUCAUUACUGAAGGACCUAAAGCACGCCAACAUUGUUACGCUUCACGAUAUCGUCCACACAGAAAAAUCCCUCACACUUGUCUUUGAGUACCUGGAUAAGGAUCUAAAGCAGUACAUGGAUGACUGUGGGAACAUUAUGAGCAUGCACAAUGUUAAGAUUUUCCUGUUUCAGAUCUUGCGAGGAUUGGCAUACUGCCACAGGCGUAAGGUUCUGCACAGAGACCUGAAGCCACAGAACCUACUCAUUAAUGAGAGAGGGGAGCUCAAGCUGGCAGACUUUGGUCUAGCCCGGGCCAAAUCUGUCCCUACUAAGACCUACUCAAAUGAAGUGGUAACUCUGUGGUACAGACCUCCCGAUGUGCUGCUCGGCUCUUCUGAAUACUCCACGCAGAUCGACAUGUGGGGGGUCGGAUGUAUAUUCUAUGAAAUGGCUGCUGGUCGGCCACUCUUCCCAGGCUCCACAGUGGAGGAUGAACUGCAUCUUAUCUUCAGGCUACUGGGUACACCCACAGAAGACAACUGGCCAGGAAUCACCUCUAUCGAGGAAUUCAAAUCCUACAACUUUCCCAAAUACAAACCACAGCCCUUCAUCAAUCAUGCACCAAGACUAGACAAUGAAGGAAUUGAGUUGUUGUUGUCAUUUCUUAAGUACGAGUCCAAGAAGCGAAUUUCUGCUGAUGAUUCAAUGAAACACUCAUACUUCAAGAGUCUGGGCAUGCGUGUACACACACUGCCUGAGAGUAUAUCUAUAUUUACACUGAAAGAGGUGCAACUACAGAGAGAUCCUGGCUACAGGAAUGCCUCGUAUCCAGAGACAGGAAACAACAAGAACAGAAGGCAGAGUAUGCUAUUCUAAGCACUGGCUCUGACAGACAAACAAACUUGCACAAGCAUAUACACACAAACGUGUGCGCACACAUACAUACAUACAUACAUACAUACAUACAUACACACACAUUCACACACACACGCACACAGUGGAUCAGGAUGAUGGCGUUUGCUCAGCAACUGUCUUGUACAGACUAACAGACUAGCCUCCCUACCCUCUUUAGUCAGUGUGUGUGUGUGUGUGUGUGAGAAUGGUGGGUAAGAGGGACUGACAAGUCCAGCUCUUUUCCAUUCUCCAGUGUCCAGCAUGCAGCCAGUCCCAGUGAUAAAACACAGCGAAGCCCCUGCCCCAUUCCCGCUUCCUCAAUGCAACACAUCAGAGAUUAGACUGUGAGAGGGAAGCGUGUAUAUACAGUAUGUGUGUAUGUGUGUAUUUAUUGAAAAGGUCGUUGGGCUUUUUUGCUGCUAAUCAACUACUGUCUCCUUGUAACCUUCCCAACUCUCAGGCAGCCUAUCUGGUUGCGGACACAUCAGUACUGCCGUCAAGGAUUUCAUUUUAUAAAAAUAGUUUAUUGUAUUUCUGAAUAUAAUUAUGUUAAUAAUGUUUAUAUUGCAAAUGUCAUGUUUGUUGUUGGACACAUUUUGAAUUGCAUCCUUUUUUGGCAUGGUUAUUGUAAAAAAAAAAAAACUAUAGUUCCUACACACUUUGUAGAAGCUGUACAAAAAUUCCUCACUCCCAUUCCAAUCUCCAAAGCUCACUUCGAAAUUUCAGAUGACCCAGAGCCUAGAGCAGAGACCCUCCUCCUCGUUGUCAGUGAGCCGUGGAAGCAGCAAGUGUGUAGCUUGUUCAGGGAGACAAACUCACUGGUGUUCAGGCUGGUGAGAGGCCACUAAACUGCUUUUAGAUAUGAUUGAACCAAACCCGCCCGUUAGUGUGGUGAAGCAAGCCGUGAUGUGGGGGUGAAGGACCAAGCUGUGAGAGGGGAAUGAAAACCACUGGACCAGCAGUAAUCACAUGAUCUUUGCAGAAUUGACUGAAGACAUUCCUCUUUAAGGGCAUGUUCUCCUGUAGUGUCAUUCUACUUAUACUUUUCUUUAGUGAAAUUCUUCUGCCUGGACUGAAGUGCUUGUAUGAUUAUUUUUUUUUUUCCUUUUAAGAGCAACUUAUUCUAAUGCAUCAUCAGUGAUUGUACAGACGUGAGUCAUGCCGGAUCUCUGUAGCAUUUGUGUGUGUACAUGCAAGAGAGCGAGUGUGUGUGUGUGUGUGUGUGUGUGUGUGUGUGUGUGUGUGUGAGAGAAUGAGUGUGAGAGAUCAGGGAGCUCAGACUGUACAGCAACUUGUUGCACCGUUCUCAUAGGUUUUCUGAAGAUGCAUUAGUUUCAUUAACAGUAUUAAAAAGAUUUUUUUUUUCUGUUACAUUUUGAUUUGUCUGUGAAUAAUAGUAUAACAGUGUGGCAUGUUGGAGUCCAACAGUCUCACAAUCAUUCUUGAAAUUUGUUUAUUUUGAAAAAGAAAAAAAAAGUGUGAAAAAUACAGGAACACGAACGUGGCUGUGUCGGACCAAUACCUUCCCCUCCAAUAUUUGUACACAUGAAGAAAAGAUUUCAGAGAGCAGUUUUAGAUUAAACAGGCUAUGUUGUUUUUUGAACUGACAUCUCUGUUGAUUAAUAUUGUAAUUUUACAGUUGAUAGUGACUGGAGAAGCGUGUGUAUAGAUGCAUGGAAUGCCUGGUGUCUUGUAAACCUCGCCUCUGUGGAAUACUGAUGCUCUCAGUUGAAUCUCAGCUGAAUUGACCAUUUAACUCUUUCUACUGCAGAUAUUUAUUUCUCUUGAUCAGUGAAGUAAACAUGGUCUGUUUCCUACA